AUGGAUACUAGAAGGAAACCCUCAACCAUGGCAAUCGAAUGUUUGGAAAUGUUCCAUGGAAUCGAUCGAACUGCAUUCAGGAUGCUGACGCAAGUCCUUCACCGUGAAGUUAAACAGUCCCUGAUGGUCAUGGCAUUUCUACUGUCACUGGAGACAAUGGGACUGAAUGGUAUUGUGCAAACAGCCAUAAAAAAAGAAGGCUGGUUUAUGAACAGUCUUGCCGAUGAAUGUGUCAUCUGUUUGCAAUGCCUAGUAUGUCAUGAGUUCUCUGGGUUUGUGGAGAAGUCCAGAAAACUCGAAACCCUUGGAAACGUGCUGAAAACUGAGCUCACGUUAUAUCAGGUUCAUAGGAUGAGAUCCGUCCUCCUAACUCUAAUUCCCGAUACCCUAUCAACCAUUUGCGCUAGAAUUAUGGGCGACAUAACGAUGGAUGCGGUGUGGUUGGAGUACCAGAGGACUCCUAAAGAACUACUGGGUUUCAACACACUUGACCAGUGCAUAUCCGUUGCACAAGAGGCAUUGAGUAGACAUAACAAUGGCCGAGGAUUCCAAAUGCAACAAGGAGGAAGGCAAACUGAUCAAGAUAAGGGAAAGCAGAAGUACGUCUGCAAGGAGCUGGAUGACGCGGAACGUCCAAAGACACUGACCGUAUGCUUCGGUCGAGAGUCCGUGCCCACUGCAGAGGGCAUUGCUGAGUUUUUCUGCAACAUGUUUGGUCAUGUGGUUCAAAGGGUGACAGUCAUGCCUCGGAGGGACAAGGACUCGGGUGAUUUUGCUUUCGUUCUUUUCAACGAUGUAUCAAUCCCCCGCAUUAUAAUGGGGGACAAAAAUGUCGUUCAUCAUACGAUACAAGGCAUGAAAUGUUGGAUCAGAUGGUGGACAGGAACACAUUAUCGCUGUGUGAAUUAG